CCUCAACGCUACAUGGGUGCUGCGUGCGGUCUGGUGUUUACACUCUUACCUGAACCAAAGACGAGUCUUCUGUCACCAUGUCUAAACCACUGUCAGACCACGAUAGAAAGAAGCAGAUUUCUGUGAAGGGGCUCGCCGGUGUGGAGAAUGUGGCAGAUUUAAAGAAAAACUUUAAUCGCCAUUUGCAUUUCACGCUGGUGAAGGACAGGAACGUAUCCACCAAACGGGAUUAUUACUUUGCGCUCGCGCACACAGUCAGAGACCACUUGGUAGGCAGAUGGAUCAGAACACAGCAGAGUUAUUACGAGAAAGACCCCAAACGUGUAUAUUACCUUUCCCUGGAGUUCUACAUGGGCCGUACCUUGCAGAACACAAUGGUGAAUCUGGCCCUGGAGAACGCUUGUGAUGAAGCCACGUAUCAGUUGGGUCUGGACAUGGAAGAGCUGCAGGAGAUGGAGGAAGAUGCUGGACUGGGAAAUGGAGGCCUUGGUCGUCUAGCUGCUUGCUUUCUGGACUCUAUGGCCUCUCUUGGCCUGGCUGCCUACGGUUACGGCAUUCGCUAUGAGUUUGGUAUCUUCAACCAGAAAAUCUGCAAUGGCUGGCAGGUUGAAGAAGCAGAUGACUGGCUCCGGUAUGGUAACCCAUGGGAGAAAGCUCGUCCAGAAUAUAUGCGCCCUGUGCACUUCUAUGGUAGGACAGAGCAUCACCCAGAUGGAGUGAAAUGGGUGGAUACUCAGGUUGUCUUGGCUUUGCCCUAUGACACCCCCGUACCUGGAUACAGAAACAACAUUGUAAACACCAUGAGGCUGUGGUCUGCCAAAGCCCCUUGCGAUUUCAACCUGAAAGACUUUAAUGUUGGUGGCUACAUUCAGGCCGUGCUGGACAGGAACCUGGCGGAGAACAUCUCUCGUGUGCUCUACCCCAAUGACAACUUUUUUGAGGGUAAGGAGCUCAGAUUGAAGCAGGAGUACUUUGUAGUGGCUGCGACUCUCCAAGACAUCAUCCGCCGCUUCAAGGCUUCCAAGUUCGGCUCCAGGGAUAUUGUGCGCACAGACUUCAGUGCUCUGCCUGACAAGGUGGCCAUUCAGCUGAAUGACACUCACCCUGCCUUAGCCAUCCCUGAGCUGAUGAGAGUGCUGGUUGAUGAAGAAAAACUAUCUUGGGAGAAGGCAUGGGACAUCUGCGUUAGGACCUGCGCUUACACCAACCACACUGUGCUGCCUGAGGCUCUGGAACGCUGGCCUAUUGACCUCUUCCAGUCCCUGCUGCCCCGGCACCUCGAGAUCAUCUAUGAAAUCAACCGCCGCCACAUGGAGCGCGUGUCCUCUCGUUACCCCGGUGAUGUGGACCGAAUGCGCCGCAUGUCUCUCAUUGAGGAGGGCGGACAGAAGAGAGUCAACAUGGCUCAUAUGUGCAUAGUUGGCUCUCAUGCAGUCAAUGGUGUGGCACGUAUCCACUCGGACAUCCUCAAAGCUACCAUAUUCAAAGACUUCUAUGAGAUGGAUCCACACAAGUUCCAGAACAAAACCAAUGGUAUCACCCCUCGCCGUUGGUUGGUGAUGUGCAACCCUGGUCUGGCUGAGGUCAUUGCAGAGAGAAUCGGAGAGGACUUCAUUCGCGACCUGGAUCAGCUGCAAAAGCUUCGUAAUUUUGUCAACGACGAUGCUUUCAUUCGAGAUAUCGCCAAAGUUAAACAGGAGAACAAGAUGAAGUUUGCUGUGCACCUGGAAGAGCACUACAAAGUAAAGAUCAACCCCAACUCAAUGUUUGAUCUUCAGGUGAAGAGAAUCCAUGAGUAUAAGAGGCAGCUGCUUAACUGUCUGCACAUUAUCACUUUCUACAACCGUAUCAAGAAAGAGCCUAACAAACAGUGGACCCCAAGAACAAUUAUGAUUGGAGGAAAGGCUGCCCCAGGCUACCACACGGCUAAAAUGAUCAUUCGUCUCAUCACAGCUAUUGGUGAGGUGGUCAACAAUGACCCAGUGGUGGGCGACCGCCUCAAAGUCAUUUUCCUGGAGAACUACAGAGUUACCCUUGCUGAAAAAGUGAUCCCUGCAUCUGACCUGUCCGAGCAGAUCUCCACAGCCGGCACAGAAGCUUCUGGAACAGGCAACAUGAAGUUCAUGUUGAACGGAGCUCUGACCAUCGGCACCAUGGAUGGAGCCAAUGUGGAGAUGGCAGAGGAAGCAGGAGAAGACAACUUCUUUAUUUUCGGCAUGAGAGUGGAGGAUGUCGAAGCCAUGGAUGCUAGAGGAUACAACGCAUCCGAGUUCUACAAUCGUAUUCCAGAGCUGAAGCAAGCCAUAGACCAGAUCGCAGGAGGAUUCUUCAGCCCAAAACAGCCAGACCUCUUCAAGGAUAUUGUCAACAUGCUUAUGCACCAUGAUAGGUUCAAGGUGUUUGCUGACUAUGAAGACUACAUCAAAUGCCAAGAGAAAGUCAGUGCUUUGUAUAAGAAACCCAAGGAAUGGACCAAGAAAGUCAUCCUCAACAUUGCUGGUUCGGGCAUGUUCUCCAGCGACCGCACCAUCUCCCAGUACGCCCGUGAGAUCUGGGGUGUGGAGCCCACUCUGGAGAAGAUUGCUGCACCUGAUGACCCAAAAUAAACCUCCACCUGCCCAUCUCGAACCAAGAACAACCUGUAUGAUCGAGCAACACUAGAUGCUCCCUCUUCAUGAAUCCAGCUACACCUGUCCUGCUCUGUCUUCCUAUGGCGACCCGAACACAAUCUGUCAAUCUUCAAUCUUUAAUUUUCUGCCUCAUUCACUUCACAAACAAUCAAUAACUUCAACAAACUCAAUCAAUGUUCAACAGGUAACAUCUAUAUCAGCAUUAUUCAGCAAAAACCAGGGCUGCGUUUUCCAAAAGCAUUGUAGAUCGUAGAAACUAUUGGCACCAAUGGUCUCUACGAUCUACAUAGGCUUAGUGUUGGGGAAAGUUACUUUUAAAAGUAACGCAUUACAAUAUUGCAUUAACUAGUUACAUUUAAUGGAAAGUAAUGCGUUACAUUACUUUUCUGUUACUUUUUCUUAUCUGGGCUGGACUGUUUGUUUGUUUUCCUUAUAACAACAAAAAAAAGUUAUUUUUUGUAAAUGCAAAUUCACAUCUGUACAGUAGAGGCCGCAGCUCAAACAAAUCUUUCAGGCUGUGCUGCUUUUCUGGAUUGCAGAAGAAAAGGAUGCAGGAGAAGAAAGUUCAACACUCUUACUUUGUCAAUAAAAACAAAAAAAAAUGAAACACAAA